AAUCUCACAUAACAUAGGAUAACAAGAGAGCAACAAGACGACAAAAGAAGGGGAAUUUUGUCUUCUUCUUUUUCUUCAUAUUUGUUUCUCUUUGAUUUCUCUUCCUGUGGACAAGGUUAAUACCUAGUUUGUAGGUAACAACGCCAACAAAAAACUAGCAAAUAGGAAAAUCUAUUUUGCUACUAUGGAAGAUAUCACUAAAAAAUAUGAAGUGGUUGAAAGAGAUGGCUCAUAUACAGAAGAUGGAACAAUAGACAUUCACAAAAAACCAGCCAACAAGAAAAAGACAGGAAAUUGGAAAGCAUGCAGCUUUAUUCUCGGAAAUGAAUGUUGUGAAAGAUUGGCUUACUAUGGCAUGAGUACAAACUUGGUGAACUAUCUCCAAGACCAUUAUGGUCAAGGAAAUGCAACUGCUGCAAAUACUGUCACAACAUGGUCAGGGACAUGCUACCUCACACCAUUGCUUGGAGCCUUUUUAGCUGAUUCUUAUUUUGGAAGAUACUGGACAAUUGCCGGUUUCUCAUGUAUCUAUGUCCUUGGAAUGGCACUUUUAACAUUUUCAGCAGUUGCACCUGGAUUAAUACCUUCAUGUGAUGCUAAUGGUUGCAAACCAACAUCAGGACAAACUGCAGCAUGCUAUAUAGCACUCUACUUGAUUGCUCUCGGAACCGGAGGUAUCAAACCGUGUGUUUCAUCUUUCGGUGCCGACCAAUUCGAUGAAAACGAUCAGACCGAGAGGAAAAAGAAAAGCUCUUUUUUCAAUUGGUUUUACUUCUCGAUUAAUAUCGGUGCACUCAUCGCUUCCUCGGUGUUGGUUUGGAUACAGAUGAAUGUGGGAUGGGGAUGGGGUUUUGGAGUGCCUGGAGUUGCGAUGGUCAUCGCAAUUAUAUUUUUCUUUAUCGGUAGUCAAUGGUACCGACUUCAAGUGCCUGGUGGGAGUCCUCUUACAAGGAUUUGUCAAGUUACAGUUGCGGCAUUUAAGAAACUUGGGCUACAAGUUCCAGAUGAUAAGUCUCUUCUUUAUGAGACUGCUGAUGCAGAAUCUAACAUCAAAGGGAGCCGCAAACUUGAGCACACUAAUGAAAUGAAGUGCUUAGAUAAGGCAGCUGUUGAAACAGAAUCUGACAGGAGUAAAGCUGUACCAAAUCCAUGGAGGCUCUGCACAGUAACACAAGUCGAAGAACUCAAAUCGAUCAUCCGAUUACUCCCCGUUUGGGCAUCAAUGAUAGCCUUUGCAACAGUCUACAGUCAAAUGGGAACAAUGUUUGUGUUACAAGGCAACACUAUGGAUCAACAUAUCGGUCCUCACUUCAAAAUUCCGUCUGCAUCCCUCUCCCUUUUCGAUACUCUAAGCGUCAUCUUCUGGGCUCCGGUCUAUGAUCGAGUUAUCGUCCCCUUCGCAAGAAAGUUCACUGGCCACGAACACGGAUUCACAGAACUUCAAAGAAUGGGAAUCGGACUGGUCAUCUCCAUUAUAUCCAUGAUAGUGGCAGGCAUUCUCGAAGUCGUUCGCCUCGACAUAGUCCGUAAAAACAACUACUACGAUCUUGAAACCAUCCCUUUAUCAAUCUUCUGGCAAGUGCCUCAGUACUUUCUCAUUGGAGCGGCUGAAGUUUUCGCUAAUAUCGGUCAGAUGGAGUUCUUUUACAGUCAAGCGCCGGAUGCUAUGAGAAGUUUAUGCUCCGCACUUUCACUCACAACUAAUGCAUUGGGAAAUUAUGUGAGCACAUUGCUUGUGAUGAUUGUCACAAAAGUUACAACAAGAAAUGGAAGUCUUGGUUGGAUUCCUGAUAACAUGAAUAGGGGACAUCUUGAUUACUUCUAUUGGCUUUUGACAAUACUUAGUGUCCUCAACUUCAUUGUGUAUCUUUGGAUUGCUAAGAAGUAUUCAUACAAAAAAGUGACAAGAAGUACUAAUUGAGUUGUUGGCAUGUUUCACACAGCUUCAAUUUUUACAAGUUUGAGAAGAUCUAAUUUAUCCAAUUUGAGAAAUGCAGCCUUGAAUUUAAAAAAAAAGGGUCAACAUGCUCAAAUUGUUCUCAGAUAUGGCCAGGAAAUCUGGAAAAAAAUCAGAGAACAUGAGUCAUGCAUUGUCUUUGUUUUUCAGGUCCUUAGUAGAUGAGAUUUAAUAAGUUGAUAGUUGUUUAUGUACAUACGAAUUAAAAUCUCAGCUGUUUAUAAUCAUUUCUUCCUCUUUAAUGUUUAAAGUGAAGAAUCAUAAAUUGUAGAGGAGAAAAUCCCAACAAUUGAAAUCUGAUGUUUCUCUUUUGGUUCA